GCCAAAUGCACCAUUGAAUCCCUCAGGGAAAAUAAAAAGGAGGGUGGUCAGUAAGGUAGCAUCCUUAGUGUUGCUGGUUUACUUUCGCAUCAAAUCCUCAACACCAAUUCUUCCUCUAAAUCCUCCACUGAUCUUUAAAAGCUGUAAAAAAUGGCUCCAGGAGUGCCUGUAGAUGUAUUUUCGGGCAGUGGCAAGGUCUCUGCAGGGUACUCAAAGGGGGCUUAUGUGACAUUUUUAGCUGGUAAUGGAGAUUAUAUAAAAGGUGUGGUUGGAUUAGCUAAGGGUUUAAGAAAGGUUAGAAGUGCAUACCCUCUUGUUGUUGCAAUCUUAGGUGAUGUUCCUGAAGAGCAUCGUGAAAUCCUGAGGUCUCAAGGUUGUAUAGUACGUGAGAUUGAGCCUAUUUAUCCACCUGAAAACCAAGUUGAAUUUGCCAUGGCUUACUAUGUCAUCAACUACUCCAAGCUCAGGAUCUGGAAUUUUUUGGAGUAUAGCAAGAUGGUUUAUUUGGAUGCUGAUAUCCAAGUGUUUGAAAAUAUAGACCAUCUCUUCGACAUGCCUGAUGGCUACUUAUAUGCCGCCAUGGAUUGCUUCUGUGAGAAAACAUGGAGCCACUCUCGUCAAUAUAAGAUUGGCUAUUGCCAACAGUGCCCAGAUAGGGUUCCAUGGCCUGCAGAUAUGGGUUCUCCUCCUCCUUUAUAUUUCAAUGCUGGCAUGUUCGUUUUCGAGCCUAGCAGAUUGACUUAUGAGAACCUUCUUCGCACUCUUGAGAUCACCCCUCCAACACCCUUUGCUGAGCAAGAUUUCUUGAAUAUGUUUUUCGAGAAGACAUAUAAGCCGCUUCCUCUGGUUUACAACCUGGUGUUAGCCAUGUUAUGGCGCCAUCCUGAGAACAUAGAUGUACAAAAGGUCAAGGUUGCCCAUUAUUGUGCUGCUGGUUCAAAACCAUGGAGGUAUACAGGCAAGGAAGCUAACAUGGAGAGAGAGGAUAUCAAGAUGCUAGUGGCAAAAUGGUGGAAUAUAUACAAUGACGAAUCACUUGAUUUGCAGCCUGCGACUUCAGUAACUACAGCAGAAGAAGAAACCUUCUCAAGAACUUCUAUUAUGGCUUCCAUGCCUGAACCUAUCAUUUCCUACAUCCCUGCACCUUCUGCUGCUUGAAAACUAUAUUGCCUUAAGAGAAUAUUUAUAAAGUUUGGUGUAAUCCUACCCUUUCUACCCUUUUUUGGUAGGCUAAUUGCUUGGCCUCUAUUUGUCGUGUGGCUUAACUUCACACAAAAUACGUAUAAAGUGUGGACAAAAGAAUGUAUAACUUUCACCUGGAUCAUAUAGUUAUUCCACUUUUAUCCUUGGAGAGACUUCAUAAAGUAUAUAAAUACAUAUUUAUCUAUA